AUGCAUUUCCAAGACCUCUUAUUCCGCCUACUACCCCUUUUAUUCGCUGCAAUCCUAAGCAGAUCCUCGGCGUCCCCUGACUUGGACAUAGUGACGACCAGUGUUGGGUUCGGACCAGUCAGUAGAAGUGCAUCCAACGCAGACUAUUCACGGAAAGUCAGCGUCAGCGUUGGUGAUGUGCUGACCCGACAGGCUGCAGCUGUCGCCGCCUCCGCAACCAACGGCCGUGUCAAAUCGGCCAUGGGCCCGCGAUCAGUGCCUAGCAAUGACAUGCCCUCACAACCUUACGGUUCUAGGAUGUAUCCAAAUUCGGCCUCCCUAGCGCCCAAUGCGCUGACCCUUAACUCUGACAACUCCUGGCCCCCAGACGAUUCGGAUGACUUUAAUCGUGUAAACGUGCACAUGUUUGGAGAACGCAUUAACUCUGCUACUCUGCCCUACCUCCAGCCAAAUCUCACACCCGCUGUGGUAGAGAAAUUGCGGGUGAUCCUCGGGUCUAAUUUCGACCAUGCUUGGAUGUCCACUGAGCGCCCGGGGACCCUGGGCAAUCUGACGACUCAACAAGAAGAGAGUCAACAACAAAAGGCCCUAACUGAAGAAUUGAGUCGUCAACACUUUACUAUUGUAGAGGAGAUCGCAGGCGUGGGAAAGCAAAAAGUGAACCUUAGUCCUAAGGAUGCUGAUCUGAUCAGGCGCUGGCUCCUUCAGAAGGCGACCUGCCCAGUCCAGUUUGUGUGGCGAGACUUGGGAAACCGGUACUGGCCACGCUGGAUCCGGCACGCUGUGUGCAAGGAGGGCACUUCCUGCUCCUGGCCUUCUGGAAUGCGCUGCAAACUGAGUGGGACCAAGACUCUUCGAUUACUUAGAUGGGUGAGUGGCUGGUCGGUCUUAAUCUUCCCACUACUUUUCUUUAGCAGUUCUAUUCUAAUUAAGAUUAUCGAAUUAUUUUAAAAGCUGCGGACUGCUUUAAAUCCCCUAAAAUACAAAUGACUCCUGAUUCGGCAGUGCUCGCUUAAGAGAUCAAAACCCCUUCCUCCAAUCAAGCGAGAGAAGCGGCAACAAAAGUAUACUGCUGGUCAGUGAAGUUUCUCUCCUCGGUUACACCUUUUGGUCAAAUCGGGGGUACUCUCGGAUCAGAGGAAGCAUGCGCGCAAGGCCUUAUUUUAAAGUAAUCAGGCCAUUCAGUGAAAGACAUUUCCAGACACCACAGCACGGAGAACGAGACUGGAAUAUGAGUAAGGAGUAAAUGAAUACGGACUGUCCAAAUAGGGGAAUCCAAGCGGUAGGUUGAACAAAAUUCUGUUUUCAUUUUUCGGACUCCUGUCCCUGAGAAAAGAAGGCGAGGAGGGUAGUCAGACAGCGUCAAGUAAGACGAGGAGAUUUUGAUACUAGUAAAUUUGAACGAAAAGGUUAUAAUUCUCAUAAAAGAAGCCAACUGGAGACAACAUCACUGGCGAGGCCAACUGGAUAAGAACAACACAGGCUCACGAAGGAAAGAUAAAUCACAAACGAUAUAAUAAUUGCAUAUAAAAAUUUCUUAAAAUCAGGGAAUACUUUGUCAUUCAUAAGAGGGUAAGGGAAGUAGCAAUAGUUAUUGACUAUUUUGAACAAAUUCUGUGAGACUCAUAAACGACUGUUUUGUUUACUUUUGACAGUAGAAAACCAGCUUGUUUUUUAAUGGGUAAUCGUAACAUAAUGUCAGAUAGGGAAGGGUAAAAUUCCAAAUGUUGCAAAAGCAAGGAUAAUAUAACUGAUUCCUUCGUAGGCGAUAUUUCGUUAGCUCUUUAUUUACACUAUUAACCAUGCUACCCUUUGUUUUGGAUGGGUGGCGCUCGAAAUUCAGUAAAUGAUGGCAUGAUUGACCAAACUUGUAAUUAUUUGCGGCGCUGAACCUUCCCGGCAAGGAAGAUAAAUGUUCAGCGAAAUGUCACGGAAAUUGCCUGCGCGAUUAUAUAGGGGAACUGAGAGGCACUCCAUGCAACAUAAGAAGCUGUGAACGGACAUGGAACUAAUCAGUCUUGUGGUCCAUCCAGGGACAGGCUACGCCUCGUUCUCUAGGAAUGUAAUGCUUACUUCUACCAAAAAUGCCCUGUCUAAGCAUUUGGAGUAAACUGUGGCAUCAAAUCGCCUCGUUAGCAUUCCUGAACCGCUUGCAGAGUUCAAGUUCAACAACUUUCCUCGAUCAAAUUUAGCUUAAUUGCGUAGAAUCAAUUGUCACAGAAGAGGAUCGGGAAAAUUACGCCUGUCAAGAAGACUCAUUUUAGUAAUUAUAGCUACCAAAAGGCCAGCCGGAUUCCGAUCUCUUGGUGUACGAGUAUUCCUACUUUUCAAGGUGUCAUUUAUGUGAUAUUUGCUGCGGAGAUGCAGCUUCCCGCACCCGAAGAUAAGCCAAAAUAUCCAGUAAUGAUGGCAAUGUAUGACCUCAAGCAGAUUUCACUCAUACAACAGCGAAUACUUGUUGUGAGUGCAAUUUUGUCGUCCUUGAAUAGACAAACUAGCGCUCAGUCGGCUGUUUAAGACAGAAAACUUGACAUUUCGCCUGAAAAGUUGUGUCUGGUGGACGUUAUCGGAGUUUUCAUCGACAUUUUCACAUGCUUCUUUUUGCGGCUGGAAUAUUCAAUCAAGGGUCUCCCAAAAUACAAUAAAUAUAUUGCUUAUAUUUGCUCUGAUGAACAGACAAAGUAAGAUGGAAAUAUGAAUUGAAAUGAGGGCUUGAUGGAGAGGAUGUGAGAUAGGACAAUUCACCGGUUAUUGCGUCUGAUUAUUACUGCCCUUUUCAGCCUGAGAUCCUACCUAGACCUUACUGCUGCCCACCAACGUCAUCAAGAGCGUAUUAUUGGGACCUUGGUCAUUUUUUCUCAGUACAAUUAACCUGGACACUGGAGAAGGACGGAUAGUAAGUUGCGAAAGAUGAAGAAAACUAUUUCAGGCAGUUGAAGUUCGUCCCUAGAUUGAACCCGUUCCUACAAGCACCAAAUUGUUUGUUCGAUUGGGGAAUGAGAGUAGUUUCCACAAGGAUGUGCUAAGUCAUUAACUGGUUGUGUAUACGUUCGAAGCUCCCGCUAAACUUAUAAAAUCACGUUCUUGUUAUUCACAUGUCCCCAAACGCUCUUUAACUGUUAGAGAAUCGGGAGUUGACAAGGUCUUUAACGUCAACUAAUUGAUACGAUUUUGUGAAGGGGCGAACUAAACUAAUCGUGCAAGGUUGGUAAAUGGACGAACUCGAGUCAGUGAUCUUCAGAGUUCAUGCAGAGUGCUGUGGAAUGUGACAGUCACCCUCCCUGCUGGUCAACGUGCUCGAUAUUUUAUUCGCUCUGAGUCUCAGGGAAAUAGCUUUUUCAACUGGGCGUCUGACCUACCGGGAUUGAAAAACAGAGUUCGUGUAUUAAAGAAUUUACUCCAAUUGCUUCAUCUCCGAACUAUCUUAAUCACGCUUGUGAACGUUCUCUCUACGCUAGCCAUUACUUCCGACGAAGAUCAUAUCUUCUACCAGUGCUCUUUUCGCAGAUUGCUCAUGCUUAUGCCAGAUAAACACAGCGGUUCUCGACCUUCGAAUGGAGUUCUUGCCUUCAGCAAUCUGGCGGCCGCCCAGUUGCGUAAACGCCUUAUGGCGCAAACCUACGGUUAACGUAUACAAACUUACUUUGUCGACAUUUAAUCACAGUAAUUGUUGUGAUCAUCAUCAUCAUCAUCAUCAUCAUCAUCAUCAUCAUCAGCAACAGCAGCAUCCUAUUUGUCAGCCAGAUCGCGGAAAAUAUCGUUAUAUGACAGGUAUAAAUAAGUUUACCAGAGAGUAGAGUUUCACAGCUCAAUGUCCACUGCAUAGUCGGAUGCACGUAGAUGUGAAAGUUGCUGUGUUUGUUUUUCAAAUCGCGGAAUAAUAUCUUGGUUCAUCUCUGCACUUUCGAAUUUUCCUGAAUAUGUCAUUGGUGGAUCUCAACUCCAAAAAGCUACGUCUCUUUGGACGCCCUCCAACGCGAAAGCAAAAGAUCUCCGUAGACACAUAAAAUUAUAUUUAACCACCGGGUUUGAUUGGAAAACGCAAUACAAAUAAUGAACUGGAGAUAAAAACUACGUUUUUGUUGUCAUUCCAAAUGCUGAAGUUCGCCGCUUCCGAUAUAGGAUUGCAAUAUCUCCCAACACAUCAAUAUAGUUUAGAAUUUAAUUUUAAUACUAUGUUUUACAAUGUUAGCAUUUGUUGGAAUAUAUCCCUUUCGGUUCCUAAAUUUGCCAUUGCCUGUCAUUCGAAGUUAACAUAGUCCCCAUCAAGAGCCUUUGUGCAUAUGAUUUUCCACAAAACCCUUGUACGAUAUAAGACAUUAUUUACCCAACUGUACUUUAAAAUAUCAAUUUGGAGCGAUUAAAACCCAUACUCCCGUUCGGAUCAAGCGUAGGCGUCUUCCGCCAAAAUUCGUUUGAUUGGCGCCACAUAUUCUUUCAGAAGAGGUAAAAAUUUCUACCUAUUAGACAUUUUUGUUUAACACAAACCGUUGCUCAGCGUAUGGAUCCGUUCGCCUCUUCGGAUUCUGAGGUUCUAUGGAGCUACUAAGCUGUUCUCACAGUAUGAUGUUUUCGAAAAUGUAAACAACUUCAAACGUUUAGGGAAGAUAUAAUGGCAGUUUAAGGCUGCUCUUCAAUUGCAACGCUUAAAUCGGCACGAACGUAUUGAAAUUAAGCCGACUUGAGCAAACAAUGUCUUGCUGUCCUUUCCCCAAGUGAGAAUUUGUUAGUAAGUACUGCAAUUAAAGGAAUGACGCUUAAGACCAGGAAAUGCACACAACUUUAAAUACGAGGAAGAGUGUAGUGCGAUAUUUCUACAAUUUUUUUUCUAGUACUUCUUACUGGAAUCGAGUAAGAAUAUUUCCGCUCGGUCCUUUACUUGAAACUACCAGACAGUCCUGUCAACCACAUAUUCUGAAACUGCCAAAUUUAAAUAUAACGUUCUUUUCCAACGGGUAGCUUAAGAAAAUCUUAGGUUUUUCUGUCGUUAAAUAACUAAUGAGAAUGUUGACUCCGAAAGAUUAGCAUAAGUCCGUAAAUCAUUUAUGAAAAAACAAGGUGGAGGCAAAUCGACUGAUGAAAUUCUCUCUAUCUUUCUGAGGUUUUGACCUAGUGCGCGAAAGGAACAGUGGAAAUAGCCAAAAGGCAUCAACGAAGGAAGGGCACUUUCAGUAUUUUAAUGCGUGCAACUGACAGAGGACGGAGCCGCAUCGUCCAACAAUGAUAGCUUUAGCGUUGAAGAUGGGGGCACCACAGACAUGCAAGUUUAGAAAGUUGCGUUUCAGUGCCCAGACAUUAGGUAAUUCAUUUCCUGUUACAUUGGCCUUUUUGGACCCCAUUUCUGAGCUCGAGAAACGAAAGUUCCGGCCUGCUUCCGCGGGUUUAAACAGUUGAGUGUAGACCUGCUGCCAGUUUAUCCUCGUUUUUCCGGGAUUGAGCUUUAUGCUGGCUGACCUGUGAAACUGCCAGAAGCAACAUGCGGUCAGACCACCCCUUUCUUUUUUGAUUGGUCCUCCUACAUGUUAUUUAUGGUUUUUCCUACAUUUACCCGAAAGUCCGGCUAACUUAAACGACGAUUACAGUAGACACUUUGUCUCCUCCUUCUACUUUAAAUAGCAAUUAAGAAUAGCAUAAUCCCAUUCGCAAUCAAAGGUCAUUCUGCGAAAAGUACGCCAUAAACCCCGAACUCCUGACUAGGUUUUUUAUGAUAGCCCAAAUCUUAAAACUGUCUUCGGUCCACCAUAAGGACGGAAGCAAAACGCUCAUGAAUAAUUAGACUCCACCUGCACAGGUACUAGACUGGUGUCAAUAACUAACGAAUCGUAAGAGACUUUGAAUCUCUCAGGCGUCUAAUUUUCUCCCCGUUUCAUAAUAAGAAACUUGUGUCUACCAACCCUAUGAUUAUCAUCUAGUGCGGAUUAAAUCGACUGCUCCAACACUUUGACUAUCUGAUGCAUCAUAGUUGGCUGCAUCCUAAACAUGACAGUCCUCUUGAUUAUAUCCGCAAACCUUGUUCAGUUUUCGGAGUUAAGUCUAUUGCUCGCGGUUUAUAUUUGACUUAUUAUAUAAUAGUCCUUUAGCUCUGUUCAAAAGACCAUGCAAACGCACCUAUGAGGUUCUGCAAGAGUCCAGCUGUCCGCUAUCUCAUGCCUGACAUCCGAAUUAUGGUCUUUGUUUUUCUUAGCUUUCUUAGCUAAGUGAUUUUACUCCGUCAUAUUCAACACGGCAAGGGUAUGAUAUGUAACCCCCUUGAAAACCCUAGUUAAUUAUGGCCCAACCACGACUGUGACUUUAAUGGGUAACCCUAACCAUUCACCCGUAAGCAUUUAGGGAAAAAUCGAACGCGACCGAAACCCCAACUCUAGGCUUAAAUCGUUAACCCAAACUCUCGACCCCAAUUCUAAGCCCCAACUCCGGCCUCAAUCGCAAACCCAGACAAUAAACCAAGCCUGAAAUUCUAGGCCCUAGGAAUAACCCAAACUCCUAAUACUAAUUCUAACUCCAACGGUAUCCCUAACCCCAACUUUCGAUCAGAUCCGGGCAACGAGGACGACAAUAACACUACUAAAAAUCAAAAUCAGCGUAUUGCAUGACUCCUUUGUCUACCUUUUGUCAGGCAAACUGCUGUAAGCCAAAGAAUAACGUUACCGACGAAGGCCGGGGAGACUGAAUUGGCCAUUCCUGGCUUGCCAGCUAUCGUCAGUCAGCCACGCUUAACCCCAAGGUGCGCAAACCCUGGGACUCGAUCUCGCAACCUGUUGGUCAGAAGUCCAACGUUAUAACCAUUGAGACAAGGACUCGUUGCAUUUUCGUUUGCGACUGGUUGUAUACAAUGGUAAAGGGGCGCUCAGCGAUCGGGCCAAGGCACUCACUCCUCCCGUUGUGCAUAGGGGCCACACCACAUAAACCUAGAAAAUAUAAGAAGGUAAAUUUUUGACAAACCACCCUAGGGGACUACAUACCCUAUUCUUGCCUUCAACACCUCAAGAGGACGACGGUUAGAUUUAACUAACGCUAAUCAAACAGCUUGUGGGAUUUUUUUCGGGAAAGCUGACUCAGUCUACAUGGUACUCUUAAAAACAUGACAUGACCGAUCUUGUGACCCGGGAAAAUGAAACUUCCAAGCCCACUUAGGGCAUUCUAACAAAUUUAAAAUGCAGUCAUUAGAACUAAUUAAUUAAAUAAUUAAUCAGACCUCAGGAGUCGCAUGAUCCGAUUGCCUCACAUGUCUGUGUUUUGAGGCAAGAAGUGGAUUUUUGGAUAAUGGCUCAAACUUCAUAUAGUAGAUCAUCGCAUUCAAUGACCAUGAAGCCCGGGUUCGGAUAUCAGGCUCCCAAAACCUGGGCUUGCGUGUGACUGAUUGGGGACGGCUAAUGAGCCAUUCGGCGUUCCCUCGUCUUUGUCGACAAUGCCCUUUUGCACAUAAUACUACCCGCUGUGCAAAUGCCUGCGGGGCUCUAGAUGGAGCCCCAGUACACAUCGGAAGGAGCAGGUACCGUGGUGAAAUCGGUAAGCGCCGCUUCCUACGAUAAUGCUCUUAUUGAGACGGACUAGAGGCACUGUCGAUAUCAAGAGCUAUGAAGUCAGUUAUUGGAAGUUGGCCGAGAGAUGAAUGAAGAAACUUGCAAAUACUAAGAUAUCGGGUAUAAGAAUUGUUGCCUUAUUUCCACUAUUACGACGACCAUUUAUGUUAAAGGAAAUCCCACAUCUUAGAAGCAAACCAGUCAUGAAUCUCUCAAGUACAAUGUUCUUCAAAGUUUGACAUUAAAUGAUCGCGCAGGUGUCAAUAUAUUUCAUUAUUCACAGACUCUCACAGCAUCACACCCCUUGUUUUUACUUCCAGUCAAACAAAGUAGGUAGGCACGAAAUAUACGAAUAUAUAAUUAUCGAAUGAUUUAGUUAACAAAGACAGGGACAUUGACGUGGUCAUUUCCUGUUCAUUCGUCAUCAUCGGUCAAUAAUUACGGGGUUUGGAAUAUCCAGUUAAAUUGAAGUAACGUGGACUGAGAUAUUCCGAUUGAAUGACCUAGUAUAAGGGAGUAGCCUCGCGCGCUAGGUACAUCCUGCCUACUCAGUUGGCCAAGUGGCGUUUAUGAGAAAUCACAGCAGCGGACAAAAUGAUUGUUUUAUUAAACAACCUUCCAACGUUAUCGGCGAUUUUUGAAUGACAAACUUAGGAAACAACGCGUCAACAUCAAUUUCUGUUUCCUGUCCAUGAUGGCUUGUUUGUUCGCCUCCGAAGGGGUCGUUCAUGUUGAAUUUGUUCUUAAUCGCAACAAGUGAACCAACACUAAAUCUUCGAGCACUGAAGCGAUUAUGUGAUUCAUUGUGGAAAAAAACGACCUAGUUCUGGCUAUGGAGAGAACCGGCUGCUUCAUAAUGACAGCCCGCUUGCCCAAACAGCGUUCGAAGCUAACUAGUUUUUGGCAAAACCGGCAUGACUAUAGUUUCCCACCGCGGUUAAUCGUUCGAUCUGGCCCUUGCAGCGUCUUAUUAUCCCCGAGAAUGAAGAAAACCGAUAAUAAAAGCCUUACCGGAGCGUAGAGGAGGUCAAGAAAAAGGUCUCUGAGGGGACCUAAUAGGAUUGAUUCAGAAGAAUUUAAAAAAGUUCACUGAACAGUGGAAAAUCCGUUGGAACGAAUGCAUACCACAUAAUGAACAGUUCUUCAAAGAACUGGAUAGUUUACUGUCUAAAUUGUGCUUAGAACCAGUCUUUUGGCGUUCAGUGGGACAAUCCAGCUCUACUCUUUUCGACAACAUGCGUAAACCGAUAAUCGUCGGUCUGGUUAAUCGCACGUUUUUAACGCGACUUACAAUAUUUUUUCCACGAAGGACAUUAAUAUCAGUUAAGAUGGAUUAUGAGUUUCCAAAAACCCAGAUUUUUGGCCCCUUUAAAAUAUUCGGUGAUAGCUAACUUAAAGUAGGCGAAGUAACUCACGAAACAUGCCUUAAUAAGCAAAGAAUCCGUAAUCUAUCGGAAAUGAAUCCAAAUGUCUUCAAUAAGUCGCCACACUAAUAAUGAAUGGCCUCCAGUUGAACGAAAACAAAAUAAAUGUUUGAAAUAUUAUGUGGUUGAUGUGAAAUAACAAUUUUCUUUAAAAAAUCGGAAAUGCCAAAUAUGCGAAGAUUAACGUCAAGUGCGUAAAACCGAAUUUUUUAAGCACAAUGUCUGUUGAUGCAAACCACUGAGAAAACAAAGCGACGUCAUCAGAGUAAGUGUUAAAAAAAUUUUUAAACAACAUUUUUAGUGAAUACUCUCCAACAUUAUUGUCGUGUGAAUUCUGCAAAUAAUUAACCACGCAGUAUAUGAUCAUGUGUUUUUAAAUCCUGUUGCGCGAAAUCAUUGCAAUCGUUCGACCUGUAGUGCUUGAAAUGCGGCUGAUUAAGGCAAAGAGGAUUUCGUUCACAUUUGCUGAUAGCAGCGUCAUAGGUAUAGAGGUGUCAGUUAAAUUACAUGUAAACAAACCGUCAGUAACUAUUAAAUUCAAACAAGGUUUGCAUAUGGGACCAUAAACACACCAUUUGCGUGCAUUAAGAUAACAUUUUGCCGUGAGAUUAUUGUGUGUUUUUGGUGACAGUGGACAAAAUUUUCAUAGCUUUCAUAGCCAAGCAGCUCAGCGUGGUGUUACGAACCCAUUUUAGGCCCUUAAACCCGUUAUUCUCUAAUUAAACUCUACUUGUACUAGAGUUUCAUGCAUUCGCGUCAGAAGCAUAUCCUGUGGGUUUGAAUCUGCUGCCUGUGUUUUGGCGAGUUGCAACUUCUUUCCUACGACCGUCAGGCAGUGGUCUACUUGUAGAUACAUUGGGCAUCAUUUUUGGCAUUCGAAAGUGACAUGGCUUGCCUAGCUACCAUGAUAUCCUCACCGCCCAUCUUACCCCAGAUUCCGGAUCCGACAGGCGGCCUGAGUCGCCAGAUUUAAUCGUUUCCUUAUGUCCUCGGGCCAUUUCAAUAAUAGCAAACUGGUCUCCUCUUCUUCCAAACACUUUGCUCGUUGUCUUUGAAGCGUACUGCUUGAAAAGGUUUCCAGUCACUGUGUAGAAAGGUUAAUUCCUCAAUUUUUGUGCAAUCAGCAUUGGAGGUACAGCAGGAGGUUAGGGCGGUGGACACAUGUGGAGGGUUCGAAAGUCGGUACUUCUGCUCUACCUAGGCCGUCCCCUGUUCCUUCUUUCCAGUCACCUGAGAAAGAGGGCGUUCGCUGUGAACGAAUACCGGCGUCCUACAGACAACUUCUUCUAACCACUCAUCCUCUUCUCCCUCUGGUGUCAGCCAACAUGGGUAAAAAAAGCCGUAUGACAGCACAGCUGCUGUUGUGGGCUCUGUAAUGCAGUGGACGCAAAAAAGCUACGCCCUUAAUUAUUAUCGGAGUGUUUUUGCCGCUACUGCUUGGUUAAAGUAAGUGAUCUUCGAGGCACUCAUUUUUUCCAGUUAGUGUUGCUAACCCGUCGAUUGCCUUAUUUCUUUCUCUACUUAAUGAAUCAAAACUCCACCUUCAGUACACCUGACUAGGAUGCGUCAGGUCGCUGACCCUCUGAGAGUUUGGUUUCUGCUCUUCCUGUUCAGGUUCACACCAUGAUCAGAGCUCUAGUUGGUGUAUCUGUUUUAUCAAAGGCAUGAAAGGACUUGCUCUUGAAGUUAUUCGUAAAUCCCACUCUUGACCCCAAAAUCAACGUGUCGUGUCUAAAACGAUCAGCCACAGCGCACAGCGCAAGUGGAUCAAUGCAAAGAAUAAAAUAGCUUUCAACGUCUGAGAGAAUAAGGACACGGGAAUAUGUGCCCUCCCUAAGACAGGGGACCUUGUGCUACAUUUUAGGCGAUAACUAUGCCCGCAUCCCAGCGUCAACCCUAAAUCCAACUCUAAUUCGAAUCAUGACUUUAACCCUAAUCCCCUUGACUUUAACGCAAAGCUGCCUGUAGUACGCGGGAGGUAAUUAUCCCUGCGUUAUACCCUCUCCUAAUAGAUAGUUGACAGCGGUAUGAUUGCUUUUAAUUUUGGUAGAGUUCUGGGAAUAUUAGGUUAGAAUUGAUUUAUUUCAGAUUGCUGGAGCCUAUAUGAAUAAACUGUAUGAACGUCAACUACAGUGUUUAGUUUCCAACCAAACAUUAAUUAUUUAAGCAUUUCAGAAACUGUUCGAGUAGUUCCUCAGAUCGAAUUCAUGAGGUUGCUUUUACGCUUAAGGAUACUGAGUGAUAUCCCGCCUGUCGCCACUGGUACAACACUCAUUUCGCUACCUUAAAUCCAACUUUGAGCGUGACAUCAUCGACAUGACGCUGAUGAUCCUGGGGAUGUGAAGGGCUAGUCGAAGUUUUGACCCAUUAUGAAUGUUACGUUAGCAGAGGUCCCAGAGAGGAUGCAUGAAACCCUAGAACCGAUUAAGGAAUAACUCCCAACAUUAAGCAUGUCUGAACCUCCCUUCCUCAAAAUGAGGUUAUUAGUUUUCAUUAUUUUCCUAAAUUAUGCCCACUGAGUUUUUUUAGUUAAAACGCGUCCUUUCCUUGAUGCAGAAGCAUCAUCCAUCAAAAUCUUUUCUGACUUUCGGUGGGACCGACGAGAGAUAAUGUGGCAAUCAGUUCACCGAGUGGAGAGCCGAUUAAAUGUCGUACCCAGUAGCUAAUUCACAGACCCUCCCGUCUCUUGACUGACCGCGUAGGGUAGCCACCGCCCUCGCUAGUGCACCAGUCAGGUGGCUAUAAAUGCGCGGGCGAGAGCAAAUAUCAAUAGCUUAACUCAACAUUAAGAAUUCUUCGAGGAGUUACGAAUUAUUUUCCAUAGAUUUUGACAAAGGACUACUUUCUCGGUUGUUUCGUGAAUUGUUGGAGUCGAGUCGUAACCGAUCGACAAAGAAUUCUGCACGUACAUCAGGAGGAUCUUAGAAAAUACCAAGCUUUUUGACUAAACAUUGGGAUAUGUCCGGGUAUUGGUCAGAGACAACGAUCCGCCUCUUACUGAAGCUCAAGGAUGAGCACCCGUCCCAGACAAAUCAAUAACAAUCUACUAUGUUGUGUGUUGUAUUGUUUGACAACACAUUUACUACAUGAAUGGCAAGUGAUUAUCAAGAAGAAUGCACGAAAAUAAACUACUGAGGCCGAACUGUUCAUGCUCAGAAUAAGCCAGGCAGAGCGUUAAAACCGGCUAUCAUUGUGUCCCUGACAGAGAAAAGUUGGUAAGAGGAGUUAGUAGCAAAACGUUCAGAGGAUCACCAAAGCCUGGAAAUCAGACUCCAACUCGAUAUACCACCCGGUUGGCCUAUAAUCUGCCUUGGGUAACUAGAAGAGCUAAUCAGACAAACUAGUUAGAAUCUAAUGAAGAAUACUUUCUGAAAACUUCGAUUUCUCUGCCUUUUAUUUAUGGUUGUGCGCUUAUGCAAAAGUGUGAGAUAACAGACGGGCAAAAUUGUUCCAUUUAAGACUGAAUUCUCUGGCCCUGUUUGUCUUUGUGAACCGGCAACAUUUGAAUCAGUUCUAGUGCUGGCGUGCCUUCGUUACACUGUUAACGAGGUAUCCCCUAAGCAGCCUCUGUGGGACAUGUGUAAUCUGACAUAGAGAAAUGUGAAAAUUUCAGCCCGAUAAGCGUAUUUUAUUCGACCAGCACCAGAGGACUGCAGUCAGAAUAGACGCAAAGUGGGGCGGUAGUGACUGCUUGGGCUGUCACUGCGCAAACUGACGGUGAGCUAGGUAAUCGAUGACUUAAAUUGACAAACUAUCCAUCUCACUGGUUCUUGGCGUGUUCCACAAAGUCGAUCGAAUGGGAAUGGAGGCUGUAUACGCAAAACCGAACGAGCCAUAUCCCUCUUAAUAAAUCUUGGCAGCUGCAACGUUUAUGACAGGCUCAUAAUAGUGAACAAAUUUAGAAUGCUACCUUGCCCUCGAAAGUAGUGUUAAAACACGAAAUCUGGAUUUUUCGGCAAGUGACUGCAACUAACCAGACCUUCUUGUCGUUGCCACUUCGUCAUUCCUGCGAAAAUUUGACGUUAUUACUCUAACGGGCCUAUGGACUCUCAUCACCACUCGGGUUUCAUUGAAGUCUUUGAAAGACUGUGAGCGUAAGGGCAAAAUGUGAUAUUUUUCAAUGAUUUCAACGAACGGAUUUAGAAAAUGCACGUAGAAGAUUUUAUAACAGAAAACGCAGUAUGCCCCAAUCAUUUUCCGUCUCCUGAUCAUAAAGCGCCAUCAAAAAUUAAGGACAACUUUUUCAUUAUUUUAAUGUGAAAUCACGUAUUUCAGUGUGACGAGCAACGGAAAGUGAGAGAAAUUUAUUAGUAAAAUUGUUUAUCCAAAAACGAGCCGACGUUUUUCUGUACUCAUCUUUCAGUCUGGUCAUCCGUAAUGUCAUUGCCGCCACCGGUGCCCGGGCGACUGAACUACGGUAAGCGGGAAAGGUCUGGCAAACAUUUGCCGAAAGAGCAGAGUCGCUAGCCUGGGUCGUGGCCAUCACAGUGACCUGGCAAAUACGUGACGCGCGUCCUCAAGUGACCUUCAUCGGACGGGCGGAGAGACCCUGAGGGCACGGUGGAAAAUCGUAUCUGAGGCAGGAGGCCCUGCCGGACCUCCGUGAAGGUAGGGUGACGAGUGGGUGUCGGCAGGGUAUCCACUCGAGCGGCUCUAAGCGCAUGGUCGUGUCGUGUGUUGCAAAGGCUACAUCCUGUGGCGGAGUCGGCAAAGACGGGCGUCCUGGCCGCAUUGAGGUCUGUUUUGUGGCGUCUGAGUCAUCAUGCCUGACACCGAGGUCAUACGCCGGAAAGUCGCCGCAGGUGUCCACGGUCACACCCGCUGCCGUCCAUUGUAAGCGCCUAGCAUGGGGUCGCUAAGCUUGUUCCAAUCAUGAGGAAAAUUGAUUACUCACGGCUGGGUCUGGUAGUCUACUCCGUUCUUACCUAUUCUCUAGCCAAAUGUUGAACUUAUUAAGUUACCAUUUUGUGAUUAGGUACCUCUGUGCCUUGCUUACAACACUUGAUGGGGGUCAAAUCAUCACCAGACAAAAAAUGUGUGAACACUUCUCUUAGUACUUGAAUAAAAUGAAUAAUAAAGAUGAUGGAUUGGGAUGGACAUGUCGGUUUAUUUUCCGUCCCGGACCCGUCACGCAUCCAGAGUAGGCUGGCGAUUUAUUUUCAACUGAUAACUACUCCGUUGUUACAGCAGAAUAAAUUACUCAAAAUCUUGCUUUCUCAUGUCUUACGAAGAAAUGGAGCUUAUUAUCAUGACUUUAACUCCCACUCUCUGCAUGAUCGGGAUAAACUGUCAUUGGUUAGGCCGGUAAGGCAUCUAGUGUAGCGGCCGACGAUGUUGAGGUUGACAUAGACACGCGGAGAAGUAAGCACCUGCGGUCGUCUCCAGCCUGCGGGAUUGUUGAACAGAGUUGGUAAGCACCAUACCGAACCCAUAUGCAGAUGUCACAAGAAAAAAGUGGUGGAAACUUAUGAAGACUGUUCUUAUGGCAAUAACCGCGUAAAUGCGUAAUAAGGCGUGUUACAUGUGCAAUAUUUCCAUUUAGAGCGAGGGGCGCUCUGUCGCGUCUGGUAGAUCACCGGUGGGGAAUGUAACGCUGUGGGAAACUUCAGGGGCAGGAGGCAAGGAUGCUGACACCGAGCGAGAGUGAGACGACCUAUGUAGACGAGAGUUUCGGGAGUGGGGAGCCAGCGAUUGAGGGGCACCGAAAUUUUCACCGACACUCGAUCACACCAUCCCAUCCUGGGUCUGCACCUAGGUGAAGUACGUCACCCCCACUCAAACAAGUCAGUCAGUUUCAUGAUGCCUUACACUAGGUGUCAGUCGUUCGCAUCCCUUAUGGCAACAGAUAUUUUUGUAUGGAUGUUUAAAUGUCCCCCACCUCAUCUCUUAUAUGAAUCUAAUCUUUUGAGAAAGCGAUAUUUGAGGACUAUCAAAUCUGUCUACUUCUAACGCCGCAAGUAAUCUUCUCAGACAGAAAGCAGUGAGGCGAAAUAUACAGAACAACAUGAAGGCAUUCAAGGUAGCGUAAUCAAAUAUAGGUGACGGCUGGAUGCUAGGUUCUUUUGGAAAGCACAAUGGACAAACAGUUGGCCGAGAUCCCUUACAACCAAGUCGUAUGCAAGGUCUCAGCCAGUGUUAGUCAGUGCAUUUCACGAUAAAAACCAGGACGAGAAUGACGGUAACCGGCAUAACAUUAUUGUGCCCAGACGCCCUAAUUCCAGAUAAGGCAACAUAGACCUUAGUCUCGAUAAGUACAGUCGGGACUGUACAGAAGUGCGACCAUGGUGCUCAUGGAGCUGAUAUGUUUGACAACGGACUAAAAAUGCUCUGUUCUGAGUUGAAGUUGCCCUGUAGCUCUGGCAGAUUAUAGGAAUAAUCACCCAAAGAAAUUAACUAACUUCGAAUUUGUGAAAAAGACAUUUCUUGGUUUGAACUCCGUAGAUGGUUUGCUAGAGCGCUUGGUCGUAUUGAAUUUUUGUCAGUUCUGUCGCGGGUUCGAAUCCUGACGAGGCCGCCGGUUUUUCACGAUCAAAAAGUCUGUUAAAGUCAGCUAAAACACCUAUUGAACUAGACACAUUCUGCCCUACGCAAGAGAGACUAGAAUGGCCAUUUGGUGUUUUCCCGUCGUUGUGGGUGGGACAAUGGGACGUCAGCAGCGGAUAAGGGUUGUUUACGGUUCGACGUACUGCCAUAGAAUCAUAGUUUUACUCAGUGUUGGCUAUGCUUGGCUGAUGAGAACAGAAGUGACUACUCGUGGCCCACUUGCUGUCGACAAAAAAAUGUUCUGUUUGUUGCUCUUCGAUAUGGGCUUGUCGAGGACUACAUUGAAGUCCACACUCCAUUUACUGAUCUGGCCGGUUCAUUGAACGACAUUACGACUUGACAUUAACAUAGCGUCAUCAUUAUUCUAAUGAAAAAAUAACCUGUAUGCUGAGAUAUCUUACGAAUCCCAACUUCCAUCAGCCGUAUGUUCGCUGUCUUUGGGUACUUUAGGCUGUGGGUCUUAUCUACAUCAGACCCCAAGCGCCAGUCUGGUGGGUGUUGUGUACUGUGUCCGGCAAAUGUUGUAUAGUUGCCUUUUAGAAGGGUUGAUUCAAACGUUCAAGUAUCAUUACGCCAUGAAUUCAACUAAUGACGCUACCAUCUGGCUUUGACUGAGCCUAAUUUGCUUGCGUCUGCAAGUACAGGUACAUUCGUAAAGAUAUUUGAGGGGGGUAUUUAAGCGGAAAAACUUCUUGCCGCAUCUGACAGGAGUCAUUGCUUUGGAUCAGGUAAGAUGAGACUAUGUGCGCCUUUAGUGGUGCUACGAAAUCCUUGCGGAGUUAAACCAAUACCGGUAUGUUCUUUACGUGGCAAAUUCUUUAUGUAUGAAUAAUUUCCUUGUCAAAGUGGAAUACUUUCAUGUAAAGAGGGCAGGCUCGCAAGGCUAUUCCAUCGUUCAUAUAGAUUAUCAGUAACACUCGGGCACUGGGUUUACUCCUUCGCUUGGAGAUUCGAACUCACGACCUCAAAGUCAGACGCUAUUGUUUUACGUCUGCUCGGUUAUCAGAUCCUGCUUCAUGUCGCGCGCAUUAAAGCGUAUGUUAAAAUACGAGACAGUCAGAGGAAGUCUGGUAACAAUGCCUCCUAGUGAUGCGCUUUUAGAGAUGUGAAUUUAUGAUAUUUUGCAACGAUUUCUUAGAUUAUAGUUUUGGAUUAGCAGGUCUCGGGAGAAAGUUGAUCUCCUAGUCUAACGUCCUUAGUUUAGGAAGCAUAAGUAAUUUUUAGAUCGAGAAGCUGGAUAGGAUCGAGCUGUUCAUCUUGGUAGCGUUAUGCCUGUUGCACAUUAGAGCACUACUGGUAAAUGACUGGAUUUUUUUUCUGUCUGCUUUCGCUUAUCAGUACUGCAGAAAAAGGCCGGAAAAGGAGGUCAGAAGACGAGCGCGUGGAAAACAAAUGCAUCAGCGUUCUCGCUCAAGGCGGUCACUUUACGGAAGUGCCGGAACUGCAUACUUGCCCUUCCGACAAGCCCGUCCACUGACAACGGACUUGCGUAUGCUGACUCCCCCGCGACAGGGAUCCAAUCGGCAGUUCACCCUUGAGGAGCAGAGAUCGAAACGGGUGAAGCGGCUGGUUCGGAAGCUGAGUCGCAGCUUCCGGGGCUAUUACUGCGAAUGGAGUCGGGAUGAGUAUACACUUCAGCCGGAGUGUAGCUGUCAAUGUGGCUGA